UCCAUAAAACCUCAACAUAAAGCACAAACAAACAAUUUCUUUCAUUCCUCUCUUUUAUCUCCUUUUUCCAAUUGGUAUUCCACUAUCUAGAACAAGUCAAGUCUACUUCACCUCUCUUCAAAACUAUCACAAUUCUGUGUACACCCCACCACACACACACUUAUACCCUUCCAAUAUCUCACAGCCACAAUAUUUUCAGUGUCUCCAGUUCUAACUGAAUUUUUUACCAUCUUAGUGAUACUCAUGGAUCUGACUUUCCAGUAACCUAAUUUCAUAUUCCUAAACAAAGAAUCAUAUAUUCUUACAUAUCAAAAUGUCAUCUGCAGAAAAGCCCAGCUCUAAAGGGCAAGCAUGGUUUUGUACAACUGGAUUACCAAGUGACAUUGUUGUUGAAGUAGAUGAUAUGACCUUUCAUCUUCACAAGUUUCCACUUAUGUCAAAAAGUAGAAAGCUUCACAACCUAAUAACCCAACAAGAAGAAGCAGAAGCAAUAACACAUUCCACAGUCCCAGAAGAAGAAGAAGAUGAAGACGAAAUCGUCGAAGAACAAUGUCAUGUAACAUUCACCGAUUUCCCCGGUGGCUCUGAGGCGUUUGAGAUGGCGGCUAAAUUCUGCUAUGGUGUUAAAAUGGAACUGUCACCUUCCAAUGUAGCUUCACUCCGUUGCGCCGGUGAGUUUCUUGAGAUGACUGAAGAGUAUUCCGAGGAUAAUCUCAUUUCCAAAACAGACAAGUUUCUCUCUCAAAACGUUCUCAAAAGCCUUGGAAAUUCAAUCAAAACGCUAAAGUCAUGUGAAAAGUUGUUUCCUAUGGCGGAAGAUUUAGGAAUUACUGAGAGAUGUAUUGAGUCUGUAAUCUCCAGAGCUUCAUCGGCGGAUCCUGCGUUGUUCGGUUGGCCGGUGAGUGAAGCCGCCGCAUCUGCAUCUAAACAGAUUCUUUGGAAUGGAAUUGAUGCUGCAGGAAGAAGAAAUGGCGCCGGCGCCGGAGACUCUUGGUUUGAAGAUCUGGCGCUUCUCCGUGUACCUCUAUUCAAACGAUUGAUUCUUGCGAUGAAAGACGCAGAGCUGAAUCCUGAAAUUAUUGAAACUUGUGUAAUGUAUUACGCUAAGAAGUACAUUCCUGGCGUUUCGAGAUCGAGUCGAAAACCAUUACCGUCGUCUUCCUCCGUUUCAUCAGAAGCAGAACAGAAAGAGAUACUAGAAACAGUUGUUAUGAAUCUUCCACCGGAAAAGAAUCUGAAUUCGUCAACAGCAACAAGGUUUCUAUUUGGAUUGUUACGAACUGCGAAUAUACUAAACGCUUCAGAAUCAUGUAGAAACGCUUUGGAGAAGAAAAUAGGGUUACAGCUUGAAGAAGCAACACUCGAUGAUCUUCUUGUACCAAGUUAUUCGUAUCUGAACGAAACGCUUUAUGAUGUUGAUUGUGUAGAGAGGAUUUUAUCUCACUUUCUGAAUAGCUUUGAAGCAAGAAACUCCACUGCCGGUGUAGUGACGGUUGCAGAAGUAAUCGAAGAAGGAGAAGCUGCUGAAUCGAGAUCUCCGGCGAUGAUGCUCGUCGGAAAACUCAUUGAUGGUUAUCUCUCCGAAAUAGCUUCAGAUGCGAAUCUGAAGCCGGAGAGAUUUUACAAUUUCGCAAUUUCUCUUCCGGAUCAAGCUAGACUCUUCGACGACGGUUUAUACCGCGCCGUCGAUGUCUAUCUCAAGGCACAUCCAUGGGUUUCAGAAGCGGAGAGGGAGAAGAUAUGUGGAUUAUUGGAUUGUCAGAAGCUAACAUUAGAAGCCUGCACACACGCGGCACAAAAUGAAAGGCUUCCACUACGCGCUGUGGUUCAAGUACUUUUCUUCGAACAGCUUCAACUCCGCCAUGCCAUCGCUGAGACAUUGAUCUCAGCGGAGACGGGUGCGGAGAUAAGCCGUCAUUCGGCUACACUGGAAGGUGUAGAGGAAGGAAAUGGGGAAGUGUUAAGGUUAGGGUUAGGGUUAGAGUCAGAGCACGUGCAGCAGGAAGGGAACAGCACGUGGCGUGUCGCGGUGAGGGAGAAUCAAGUGUUACGCCUGGAUAUGGAUAGCAUGAGGACUCGGGUGCAUCAACUCGAACGGGAAUGUUCUUCAAUGAAGAGAGUAAUUGAAAAGAUUGAAAAACCUACUGCCGCGAACGGCGGUGGAUGGAGGACAUCGUUGGGAAAGAAGCUUGGUUGUAAGUUUAAAACUCAGGUUUGUGAUUCCCAUCAAUCAGCGGUUGUUGAUAUGCGCAAGGGAAAGCAUCGUAGCUCGCAGCAGCAUCAUGCUCAUCAUGAAUGAAUAGGCACCACGCUGAUUUUCCCUCACGUGGUGAUGAUCAUUGUAGUUGGUAGAGUAAAGUUGAUACGGGUCCCAUUUGUAAUUGUUCUUUUUUUUUUCUUCCUUUUAAUCUUCCAUAAAAUUUUAGUUUAUCUCUAUAACAAUUUUACUUUAUCAAAAUUAGAUUGAAUAGAUCAAUAUCACUUUGAUGAAAUGAUAAGCUUUUUUUUAAAUUA